UAGGCCAGUCAGCCGGGACCCCUGUGGUGCGUAAAAACCAUCUUUCGUGGGUUUAGUAUUUCAUCUGUUGGCAUUCUUGUACUCUGUUUAAAAGGACGGAGGGCAUAGUCGGUUCACUGCUGGGUGUAGAGGCCUCCUUGAUAACUAACGCCUUGAUGUUGAACUUGAGAAGUUCAAACUCAAAACGGUGACUCUUGAAUUAUUUGGUUCAAUAGAAAGGUUUUGACUUCAACUGUUGUUCGUGCAACGGGGCGUUUACCAACUUUCUGUAUAUAGAUGAACCUCGCUGGGAAGUAAGUCCAUCUCAUACACCGGACUGAUAAAAAAGUUCAUCAGUAUCUUUCUCCAUCGACUAUUUUCGCACCAGUUUCUAUAAUAGCUGUACACAAUGGGAUACGUAAUAUGGUGUGUAUCGGUUUGUGUCUUGCUUGUGUUGCUUCAAGACACUUCUUUCGCCCAAGAUGCUAACGAAAGUUUGAAGUUUGACGACAAGGCAUCUGUCGGGGUUAAUAAAGAGGAGUGUAGCUGCGAGGGUGUCGUAUGUGAGCCCCUCAUCACCAAAGAUAAAUGUCCUCACGGGCUGGUCCCGGACACCAGGGAGCCGUGCCAGUGCUGCAACCGUUGCGGCAACGGGGAGUACGAGUUCUGCGACCAGGCCAAUCUCACCGCCAAGGAACUCACCGACAAGAAACACAACUUCGGACUUUGCGGACGGGGGAUGGAGUGCCGCGCCAACUAUGACGUCCACCCCGGGGCGGACCCCGAGACGGUUUGCUUCUGUGUGAACAAGAAGCUGGCUUGCGGGUCGGAUGGAGUUACCUAUGAAACGGCGUGCUUGCUGGAGAAGAUAGCUUUUGAGUCUGGAAGUGGUGUUAUCAAGGAGAGACACGGGAGAUGCAAAGGAGCUCCCGUGGUGGCCACCGAACCCGAUGACGUCACCAAUUCAACCGUGGGCAACGUCUACCUCCAGUGCGAGAUCUUAGGCAACCCCGUCCCCAGGGUCGAGUGGCGUAAAAUAGGACCCGACGGCCACCCUGGUGAGUACAUCCCCCAGGGUAGCGGGGAUAGGUACACCGUGCAGACCAGGGGCGGACCGGAAGAGUACGAGGUGACGGGUUGGCUGCAGAUCACGAGGUUGGAGGUUGACGACGCGGGGGAGUACGAGUGCGUAGGGAUCAACAAGUUUGGAGAGGCGUCAGGGAGGGGCAGUAUAUUCGUGGAGGAAUAGAAGAGACUGACUUGCCCCUUCAGGGGUGCCCCCGGUGCCCAUAGCUACAGCAAUAUAAUCUAUAGUUUUUGUACUUUUUUAAUAAGAGACACCAAGCAAAUAAAGGAACUGAACAGUUUACGUUCAGUCAGUACAAAAUAAAAAUCUUAAAAUUAAAUGAACUCAACCAAAGUUGAAAAGUCGUUAUAUAAAAGUGAACAUUAAGUACUAACACUAAUUAAAUUUGUUCAAGAUAAUUAACAUCACGAAGUUGUCACUGGUAGCCUAAUCAGUAAAAUAAACUAGUUUGGGGCGAACAAAGAAAAAAUGACUAGAAUAGGUUUUGAACCUGCUACCUCUGGGUUUAUGUUCCCGAGAUAUCAGCCCAUUGACGGCAGCCCACAGUCAUGUAUACUGUCGUAAAGACAGAGGGAUCAACCCCACUACAAACCUUGGAAGAUGCAACCUCUUUCUAUAAAAUAAAUAUCAACUCAUCAACCAGGGGCAACUGACAUCAAAAUGUUCACAGAAGUAUAGGGCCUACUUAUAAUAUCUGAGUGGAUGGAAUUGUUGAUUUAUUUCACGAUGACAUUGGACUUUGUUUGAACAUGCUUUUGCCAUCGAAGGAAAAAUGUUUGGAAACAAUUUCCACAUUCAAUUGUUAAUUUGAAUAAAAAGCACGGGGCGGAAAUCAAACAUUCUACGCGAAGGUCGUUCAAAUGUUGUUUCCAACCCUGACAUGGUUUUGCCCUGCAAUUAUUAAAGGUACGUUCUCUUUGGGUUUUCCCGUAAGAAUUUGGCCAAGCUAUUUCCUUUAUAACCUUUGAUGAUUUGGUCUCGAACUUGUGCAUAAAUAAUGGGUUGCUCAAACAAUUGACUUGCAGCCCAUGUGCACCCUCAACUGUAUAGACCAUUAUAAUGCUGCUAUUAUUGGUCAUGUUUCUUGGACCCAGUAACAGCAAUGUAUGCUAAUAUUCAUUUUACAAAAAGGAACCAGACUGUUUCUCCUUCCAUCCUCGGAAAAUCAAGAUGGCCGCACCACGUUAAAGGUAUAGGCCUAUUGCUUGCGGGUCAAUUUAAGCCCUCGGGUGAAUAACAAUGUAUGGAAAGCGCGGGACAAAAAUUGGGGAAUUAUGACGAGAACGUACAUUGAUUGGUUCGCCCUACACUUAAGCGUGUCCAUAUAAACUACGCGGGGAAAACGAAACAAGAGCGUUUUAAUAAAUAUAUCUAGAGAAAAACCGAAACAAAAUUCUGUUGCUUUGGUCUGUUUCUUGAAUGCGUCAUUUACCAUCAAAUAACAAUCUUGCUUUGUAUGUUGAGAUUGAGUAAUAUUGAUAAAGUGUUGUUGAUUGUGUAACUUCGUGCCAUGCCCCUGCCUCCAUUGGGAAAAUACUUCGUUGGCAAAAAGCCUCGGCUUGGGUCAUAACUUAUUUUGCCCUUUUCUCUGCGAGAAGGUCUAUUAAUUACGUAAACGUAAAAUGUGCCCGGCACAUUUUUAUUUUGAAACGUGUCCCCUGUUAGUUGUGGUCAAAUCAACAUUCCUGAGUGAAUUCCUUGUAUUAAUAUAACUUUUGUAAAUCAUUUUUUUUUUUUUUUAAGAGUUGAAGUGUGGACCUUUGGGAGUUAGAGGCGAUAGUUUAGGGUCAAGUGUGUUCAAAGAAUAUACAUGCAAGACCAUGACCGUUGUCAGAAACACGCUUUUGUCUUUCCAGCUCAAAUAAACAAAUCAAUUUUUUCGGCAGAAAUAUUUGACAAAUAUAUACAUGCUAAAGAGCAACAAUGAGUAUAGAACGAAAUGAGUAAAUAGAUGCACGGACACUGCUUGGUCAAGUUGCCCUGCAUUAGUAAGUUUCAUCAUCAUCAUUUAAAGACAAAAAAGGACACUAUAUAUUGGUAA